AUGAGUAGGAUUGACAACGGCGAGGGUGAAACUGAUGUUAGCAUUUCAAAGCUGAAGGUGGCUCCUAUUAGGGGAGAAAAAAUAGUCGAUGUGAAAGAAUGCGUGGGAAGUGCAGUCAAAGGCAAAGUACAGUACUGUUGCUGCAAUAACAUAUAUUGCUUUGACACCAAACAAGACUGCUUGGACCUAUGCGACUGCUAG